GUACUCUACACAGUUGCUCCGAGCUCUUCUAAUGACUUAAACCCCUGUUAUUCUGCGGGCGCCCUGCUUCUGUUGGAUUUUACUUUCACAAAAAUGGGAUUCGAGUUGGAUCGUUUUAACGGUGCCGUGGACCCGGACUUCAAAUGCAACUUGUGCAAUAAAGUUUUGGAGGACCCGCUCACUACCCCGUGCGGUCACGUCUUCUGCGCCGGCUGCGUGCUGCCGUGGGUCGUGCAGCAGAGCAGCUGCCCCGUCAAAUGCCAACGGAUCUCCACCAAAGAGCUCAACCACGUUCUUCCUCUCAAAAACUUAAUAUUAAAGUUAGAAAUCAAAUGUGACAAUCACUCGCGGGGCUGCGAGAAGAUCGUCAAGCUGCAGCAUCUGGCGGAGCACGCGGAGAUGUGCGAUUAUUCCCCUGCCAAAUGUAGGAAUAAAGGAUGCAACGAGGUACUGAACCUUAAAGAUAUGGAUGCACACAUGCGCGAGUCCUGCGAUUACAGAGCGGUCGGUAUAUGCGAGAGCGGAUGCGGAUUGAUGCUCACGCACAAGGAGCAAAAGUUAAACAACCACUGCUGUUUGAAAGCCCUAAGAGUGCACAACGGUGCGCUGCAGGGGAAAGUGGUCAGCCUUGAUAAGGAGCUGAAAAAACAAGCCCUUAAGUCGGGUAAAAGAGAGAAAUCGCUCCUGGCUCAGCUGUCAGCGGUGCAUAACGAGCUUCAGAUGACUGCGCUGAAAUACCAGAAGAAGUUCACUGAAUACAGCGCCAGAAUUGACUCGCUGUCCAAGAGUCUUUCUCCGUCGUGUAAGGGUGGAGAGACCAAAAAUGUCACCGUUAUUCUCCGUCGGGAGUCUGGAUCUUUAGGAUUCAAUAUUGUUGGAGGAAGACCAUGUACAGAUAAUAAAGAUGGCACUUCAAAUGAAGGAAUCUUUGUGUCGAAGAUUGUGGAGAACGGCCCGGCGGACAAGGAAGGGGGAUUGCAGAUCCAUGACAGGAUAAUGGAGGUCAAUGGCAAGGACCUAUCCAAGGUGACACACGACCAGGCGGUGGAGGCCUUCCGCACUGCUAAAGAACCCAUCAUGGUACAGGUUCUACGUAGGGCACCCAGGCCCAAACCCGCAUGCCCGAACGGAGACGCACAGCUAAUGGACAUCAGCACCCAGACGGAUAUCACCUUCCAACAUAUCAUGGCCCUAAGCAAGAUACCUGCCUCCUCCACACCUGUGGAUGUCCUCGAGCAAUACCUGAUGCCAGAAGGACACUCUGCUGGUCAUGAGUUCUUCGACCCCAAUGAUUUCCUAGAGGGCAUGCAGCAUGAGAUAGAGAGAGAGGAGCUGGAAUAUGAGGAAGUGGAUUUGUACAGGACUAAUAUUCAUGAUAAGUUGGGGUUCACCGUGUGCUACAGAACCGAUGAUGAAGAUGAGACCGGAAUCUAUGUCAGCGAGAUUGAUCCCAACAGCAUCGCUGCCAAAGACGGACGAAUCCGUGAGGGCGAUCGAAUCAUCCAGAUCAAUGGCAUUGAGAUCCAGAAUCGCGAGGAGGCCGUUGCUCUUUUAACCAGUGAAGAACACCCGAAUGUCUGUCUCCUGUUGGCUCGGCCAGAGAUACAGUUGGAUGACGGAUGGAUGGAUGAUGACAGGAACGAUUAUCUAGAUGACCUCCACAUGGAUAUGUUGGAGCAGCAGCAUCAUCAGGCUAUGCAGUUCACCGCAAGCAUGCUUCAGCAGAAAAAACAUGAAGAAGAUGGAGGUACAACAGAUAGCGCAACGCUUCUAUCCCACCACCAUGAGAAGGACAGCGGACUGGGCCGCACGGACGACAGCACUCGGAAUGACGAGAGCUCUGAGCAGGAGAACUUGGCAGAUGACCAGACCAGCGCCUCCACCACGCUAGGCAGCCGACGCAGACUCGCUUAUAGUCAGGACACCCUGGGCAGCGGUGACUUACCUUUCAGCAGCGAGUCCUUCAUCUCCGCUGACUACCCGGAUGCUGACUUCCUAGGUGACUUUCCUGCGGACGAGUGUGAGCGAUUUCGCGAGUUGCUGGAGCUCAAGUGCCAGGUGCAGAGCAGCAGAAGCCCGCAGCAGAGUUUGUUUUGGCCUGCUGGGGGCGUGGCUAGCGGGGGAGAGGAAGGCGUGGACAAAGAACUGGAGCUUCUGAACGAGGAGCUUCGCACUAUCGAGCUGGAGUGCCUGAGCAUAGUAAGAGCGCACCGUAUGCAACAGCUGCGAGAGCAGUGCCGCGAACAGUCCUGGAUGCUGCACAACAGCGGGUUCCGCAACUACAACACCAGCGUGGACGCCAGACGCCAUGAGCUGGCCGACAUUAGCGAACUCCCGGAGAAGUCGGAUAAGGACAGCUCCAGCGCAUACAAUACUGGAGAAAGUUGCCGCAGCACCCCACUUACGCUAGAGCUCUCCCCCGAUAACUCCCUGCGGCGUGGAACCGAAAACCAGCCGGAAGCAGGAGCGAGUAGCGCCGCCAACAGAAUUUUAAAGCCCCUACUGUCACCCGUCCAAGAGGCGUGCAGCCCCAGCAGGAGUACUCGCUCAACUCCGACGAAAGAGUUCGAUGCUUCAAGCCAGCCUGAAAUCAAAGAACGCAAACCGAGCCGCCAUUCACCCUACAAGCACGCCCACAUCCCAGCACACGCCCAACACUACCAGAGCUACAUGCAACUCAUCCAACAAAAGUCAGUGGAGUACGCCCAUAGCCAGAUGAGUUUGGCGAGCAUGUGCCGGGACCCUGUCGCGUCGGCCGACUUGGGACCCAAGAUGGAAUGGAAGGUCAAGAUCCGCAGUGACGGGACGCGUUACAUCACCAAGCGUCCUAUCCGGGACAAGCUCCUAAAAGAGCGGGCCCUACGGAUCCGAGAGGAGCGCAGCGGAAUGACCACGGACGACGAUGCCGUCAGCGAAUUGAAAAUGGGCCGCUACUGGAGUAAGGAGGAGCGCAAGCAGCACGCCGUCAGGGCCAAAGAGCAGCGUCAAAGGAGGGAAUUCAUGAAGCAGAGUCGUAUGGACUGUCUUAAGGAGCAAGGUGGAAUCAUAGAUGAUAAGAAGGAAGUGAACAUCAUUGAACUGAGUAACAAAAAGAUGAUGAAAAAGCGGAAUAAGAAAAUCUUUGACAACUGGAUGACCAUCCAAGAACUGUUGACCCACGGUGCAAAGUCUCCCGAUGGGACGCGGGUGUACAACUCGCUAUUGUCGGUGACAACGGUGUAGGGAUGCGUCGUGGAACGUGAUGUAUAUAAGACACUACCGAUUGGGGUAGACAAUCCUGCCUCGUUCAAUGCGGCAACAUUUGUAAAUAGGAAAUACGAACGUCUUGAAGGAACUUUGUCGUUCGCCAGAAGGUACAGUGGAGGAUGAAUAGGAUGCUGGAUUUGUUAAAGUGACUGGAAGCGUCUUUUCUUAAUUUUCUUUUUUUUGGAGCUUGAGGUAUUAAAUAUUCUAUACAGGAAGUGAAUCAUAACCUUUCACGUUGUUUUAAAGGUAAACAGCUCAAGGACAGAGUGCCAUGAACAACCAUCAGCAUUUUUUAUUUUAUUUUCCUUUUGUUCCAGCAAGUAAAGUUCAACAGUAUUUUACUUUUUUAUGCAUACAUAUUGCUUAUUAAAGUAAUCCAAAUAUUUAGCUUCAUGGUCAUCGUAGAAUUUUUGACUGGUGUUUUGUAUGCUUUGCAGUUGUUUCGUGUUUUUUUUUUUUUACAAAACUAAUGUCGUUUUACAGAUUUACACAAGAGGUGCUGUUUUUCUCAAAUCCAUUCUUCAAACAGCCGCUGUAUGUUCCAUCUGUUACAUUAGACGCGCAUAAAAGUGAAACCAUUUAUUGAAAUCUAAUCUGUUUGUAUUAUUGUCUGUUUCUUUGUCUGUAGACAAAAAGCCUCUUGUAUAGGUUUUAAUUGUAUGGCAGCAAGAUAAUACAGUUUAACAAAUCAUUAGUUAGAAACUCAAUUUGAUGUCUUGUACAAUGAGAGAAAUAAUAAAUUAUUGUUUUAUAUUUGA